AUGAACUCCGCACUGGAAUCCUUCCCGGUGGUCCGGAUACUCAACGAUACAGCUCAUUAUGAAGCGCAUCAGAACUUCAUCGUGUCCCUGCGGGCUCAACCGUGCGCCAACGUACACUCGGUGCUAGCUGAAGAGCGGUGUAUGUUCGUGUUGGAAACGGAAGAAUGUCGCGAAUCGAUGCACUAUUUCGACUACAUGCGCUUCAUGUACUGCUUUGUCGACAGCUCCAAUGUAGCGUUGUUCACGGUGGCCAUCAUCGGAUUGCUUCUGACUGUAGCGAUGAUAAUGAUGUGUAUCUUGCAUUUAACCGCUGAUCGGUACGUGAACAGCAUCCUGUACGUCGCGAAGUCGUUCCGCCUAAACGAGUACAUAGCCGGAGUGACACUGCUCACGUACGCCAAUGGUCUACCACAAGUUCUAUCGAAUCUGAAGCAUCAUCAUACGGCAGACACCGAAUUGAUCUACAAUCAGUACAUGGGAACGGCGGUUAAUCAGGCAGCUUUCAUUGCCGCAAUAGUGAUCCUCGUAGGGAGAAGCUUCUACCUCUAUCCCGAGGUGAUGGUUCCGAAUAUUGUCGCUCUGAUCGCGCUACCGGUGUUGAUCGAAGCAUUCAUGUUUGUGGGAAGAGUAGGAAUCAUAAAAACAGUCACCGUGUUCUUGGCUUAUGCUGCAUUUGUGGUUGCGCUGAUUGUGAGUUCCAUUGCCGUGGAUAGGGGUGGUGAUAGGACGAGAAGUGAAAUUCAGCUAAAGGACUUUGAGGGUAGAUUAGUGGACAUAGCAACCGUUGUCCAAAACCAACUCGAUCAGCCAACCGUAUCGCAGCAAUGGCAUAUGUUUCGUGAAGCUUUUCGAUGUGCGCAUUGGGGCAGGAAGAUUUAUAUCAUCUGUACGGUGCCGGUAAGGGCAUUGGCAAUGCUACUUUUACCGCAAGUGAACCAUCAGCUGCCUCAGCAUGGCUGGAACAAAUACGUGAUCAUCGUGAAUGUGAAUCUGUACCCCCAGUUAAUACUUUAUACUUCCUUUGGCGAUUGGUUAACAUUGAAGGAAACCGGAUACCUCUGCCUCUCUAUUGUUGCUGUUACGCUUUUGCUGAGCUUUUUCAUUGCCAUUACUACGAAGAACGAUCGUAAGCCAAACUUCUUCCACUGUGUCGCGUUGUUCACCGUUUUCGGAACAUCUUACCUUGCGAUGCUUCUCACAUACGAAGUGGUGGCCAUCCUGGAGACACUAUACAUCAUCGCACACAUUUCUACGGCCACGUUCGCAAUCACCAUCCUGUCCUGGGGUCACUGCUUUAUCGAUUUAGUCACAUGUUUUAUGCUAGCCCGUCGUGGCUAUCCGCGCUUAGCUUUUGCCGGCUGUCUCGGAGGGCCUGUAUUCAAUGUCCUGAUUGGCUUGGGUGUUGUGUUUGUCGUCCAGAUGGUGCGGACCGGCUCGAUGAUAAUUAAUGUACGCGAUGGCAUGUCCGGACCCACUUGUGCUGUUUAUCUGUUCGUGAGCUCUGCUGGGAUGCUACUAUCGUUGCUGCUUACUCGAUUCCAGGCGCGUGCCAAUCUGGCCCUGCAAUUAUUAGCAUCUUAUGCAGUCUUUCUACUGUACAUAGCUCUGAGUGAGUUUGAGGUGCUGCACGGUUACGGAACCGAUCACAACGACGACGGAGGGUACUUCCAUGAUCAGAUUCCGGAUGGUUGA